AUGAUCCGAAUCUUAUUACAUGGUCACCAAGAGAACAAUUGUAAACCGUUACAUCCUCCAGCUGCUACUCAGCCAAUUCCUUGCUUUAUGUAUUCAACCACAAACUCAGAUUACGGUCGACAAUUUCCGGAUUUGGAGAGAAAAAUGGAUCCAGUCACAGGCAGAACAUCCAAACCAUUCAUUCAUCCGAGUGAAGUUCAGACCGAUGGGAAGCUUAAACCUUUAACUCAGGCUGAGGAAUUUCUGAAUUGGCAAUCUGAAAACAUGGUUUCUCAAAAUUAG